AUGGAGCUGCUGGAGGCGAACAGCAGCUGCAGCAACGGGUCUCUGGUCACCCUUUCGUGCCUUUCCCACCGGGUCGUGUGCCAGGUGAUCAGCAAUGCUGACCCAGCUGACUCUGUCCAGGACAACGGGACUUUGGAUAACUUCUGGGUAACUCAGCUGGAAAGCAGUUAUGGAUUCUACAUUGGCCUGGGCUUGGCUGUCUUCUCCAGCUUCCUCAUUGGAAGCAGCGUCAUCCUCAAGAAGAAGGGGCUGCUACGGCUGGUGGAGAAGGGAGGCACCAGGGCAGGAGACGGAGGCCACGGCUACCUAAAGGACUGGCUCUGGUGGGCUGGCUUGUUAACCAUGGGUGGAGGCGAAGCUGCCAACUUUGCCGCCUAUGCCUUUGCUCCUGCAACUAUUGUCACGCCUCUGGGGGCUCUGAGCGUGCUCAUAAGUGCCAUCCUGUCUUCAUAUUUGCUUGGAGAACGGCUCAACUUGUUGGGAAAGCUGGGCUGCAUGCUCAGCCUCGUGGGCAGCACCGUGAUGGUGAUACAUGCCCCAGAGGAUGAGGAGGUCACCACUCUGGAUGAAAUGUCUUCUAAACUGAAAGAGCCAGGUUUCCUCGCUUAUGCUGCGAUCCUCUUGGCUGUCUGCUUCCUCCUGAUCUUCUACCUCGCACCCCGCUAUGGCCAGAGCAACAUCCUCAUCUACCUCACCAUCUGUUCCGUUAUUGGUGCCUUCUCCGUGUCCUCAGUCAAGGGCCUGGGUAUUGCCAUCAAGGGCUUCUUUGCUGGCCGGCCUGUGCUGCAGCACCCAUUGACGUGGAUCCUAGUCAUCACACUGGUGGCAUCCAUCACGACACAAAUUAACUACCUCAAUAAGUCUCUAGACAUUUUCAACACCUCUUUGGUGUUUCCCAUCUACUAUGUGCUGUUCACCACCAUUGUCAUCACAACUUCCAUCAUCCUCUUUAAGGAGUGGGUCGCCAUGACCGUAGUCGACAUCAUUGGGACAGUUUGUGGCUUCCUCACCAUCAUUUUAGGGGUGUUUUUACUCCAUGCCUUCAAAGACAUGGAUGUCAGUUUAGGGAAUCUACCACAAGUCCUCCAGAGUGGAGAGCAAGCGCCGGUCACCCGAGAUGACAAGAACAUCCUGAUAGAGGUGGACAACUCCAGCAUCGCCCCAGAGGAUAAACCCAAAGUAUUCAUGAUCUACACCUAG